CCCCUUCCUGUUGCACAGGAAAAGGAGGAGAUAACAGGACGAGAAAAUACAAAAAUUACAUCUUUGACGCUUAUUUAUAAAAAAAAAAAUAAACAAGUCUUCUUGGCAAGCGAUUCCUCUUCGCCAGACUAGCUUCAGGCUUUGGUGUGUCCAGCUAAUGGAUUUGGGGACUGGUGGCCGAAGAGGAUCUUCAGGAGAUCAAAAGCCUGCUGUAAAAGUCGCUGCUAGAACAGAAAGGACAUGGAGACGUUUGACGAGUCCGGGGUCGCCGUGGCCAUGGAAAUGGGGCUGCCAAUGGACAUGGUCGCUGAGGAGGUGGUGACACAGGACGAGGGUGGGGCCGAUUCAGAUGGCCUGACUGCAGCCAUGGACUGCCUGACCUCACAACCCUCUGUCAACAUCCUCAGCAAAUUUGGGAGGGAGCUUGGCUACCUGGACUCGAGCGAGGAUGAGGACUCGAGCGAGGACGAGGGCCCCAGCUCGCCGGCGGGCCGGCUGUACGUGUCGGGGCAGAGCGCGGCGGAGGGGGGGAGCAGCGACGUGUGGUCGGGCAGCGCGCGGGACGACUGCCUGUGCUGGGAGUGCGGCGAGCGCUUCCGCUCCCUGGACCUGCUGAUGGCGCACUUCCGCAUGCACGAGGCCUGCGUGCGCUGCAACGUGUGCCACGUGACCUUCCGCCGCGUGGUGUCGCUCAGCAUGCACCUGGACAACGUGCACAGCAACAUGGACAUGUACUGCGGCCCCUGCCGCCUCCCCUUUCGCAGCAAGUGGGACCUGAACGAGCACCUGGGGAAGCACCUGGAGCCCUGCGGGCCGCCCGGCGAUCCGCCCGGCGAUCCGCCCUGGGCCGGUCCCCGAAAAAAGAGCAGGGUGUGCCAUCAGCCGGGCGACUCUAAGGAGGAGUCGACCGCACCUGAGCCGGCGUCUGUGUCUGUACCCGUCACCCCGUCUGUACCCGUGUCUGUACCCAUUAUUGUGUGUGCACCUGUGUCUGUACCCUUGUCUACACCCAUUACUGUGUCUGCACCUGUCUCUGUCCCCAUGUCUGUCCCCAUUACUGUGUCUGCACCUGUGUCUGGACGUGUUCCUGUGUCUGCACCUGUGCCUUUAGCAUUACCUAUGUCCGUACCUAUAUUUUUACCUGUGUCCGUACCUAUAUCUUUACCUGUCUCUGUACCUGGUCCUCGUACCGUACCUGUAGCUUCUGUACCUGGUGCUGUUUCUGUACCAGUACCUGUAUCUGUAACCGGUCCUAUUUCUGUACCUGUAUCUGUACCUGGUGCUGUUUCGGUACCUGUACCUGUGGCGAUCUCCACGAAGCCGCCGUCUUCCACCGCAAAAGGCCGGUGCCCUCCUCUGGACGAGUCGACCCUGAACGCGCUGGUGGCCAAGGACCACACGUACAACAACACCUACAAGACCGGCAACGGGGUGGCAGCCAGCUCCUACGGCCUUCGAAUGCGCCACACCAAGACGCUCGCCAAGGCCUUCCCGCCGCAAAGCCUGCCGGGGAGCGCGCGCCAGAAGAAGAUCCACCUCUUCCUGUUCCGCAACACGGACCGGCGGCAGGAGAAGGAGGCGACGGUAGCGGGAGGGGAAAGGGACCGACGCGUGGCGGAGGUCGCUGAGGAGAAGGACGUCAAGCCAGACGCCUCCUCCCUGAUCCCCCCGCUCCCUCGCUGCCUGGCCCCUUCGGACCAGGGCGCCAAAAUCAAACAGGAGCCCGCGGAUCACUGCAGCCAGGAGGUGCCGUGGGAGGGGGAGCCGGUCGAGGAGGACGAGGACCUGGAGCCGUCGUGGGAGGAAGUGCACUCUGACGAAUCGAUGUCCCUCGAGGACUGCUCCGAGUACGAUCCGGGCAGCGCCUCGGACGCCUCCACGGAGUCCAUGAGCAGCGGGAACUCGAGCGGCUCCUCCUACACCCCUAACAAGCGACGAGGCAAGAGGGCGAGAAAUCGGGGGGGUCCCAGGGGCAGGAAGCUGAGCCGGGCGUGGUCGGGCCAAGUGGCCGUAGCUCCUGUUCGACCGCCGCCUGCUAGCGACUCUGUGAACCCGUGCCAGAGCAGUGGGGACCGGGCGAGCCCGCAGCCCAGCACUCCGGCUGCCGUGAAGCUGAAAGUGCCGGAGCCGUCUGCCGCCGGCGGCAACCUGGCCGUGAGCCGCCCUGCCUUGAGGCCCUCGCGGAUGUACGCCUGCGACCAGUGCCGCGAGGUGUUCCCCGAGCAGGUCACCUACAGGCGCCACCACUGCCUCACGAGGACCGCGGCCAUCAUGACGUGGAGCGCCCCCGCUCCCCUCCCAGCAGCCACCGCCACAGCCCCCGCUGCCGCCGCCGCCACCAUCCAAAAUCCUGCCACGGGCCCCGUCCCAGCACCCGCGGCUCAGAGAACCGUCACGGCACCUUCUGCCAGCGGCCCGGCGUCCGGCUGCGGCGGCGGGGUCAUGAAGGUCACGCAGAUGGCCGUCCCGUGCAGCAUUCAGAACUCCGCGCUGGUGUCACCGCUGCCGGUGGCCAGCGGGCCCGUUUUCACGCUGCCGAGCAUCAUGCUCCCGAGCCCGACUCCCUCCAUGCAGUCCGGCUCCAGGCCCCUAAUGGCCACCGUGCUGUUCAACGGCAACGGUUCGGCCGGAAGGCUCACUCGCCUGGUGCUCCAGACCCAGGGGCUCACGUUCCCGACGCACACGCUGUCCCAGACUCGGCCUAUAAGGCUGUCCGUUCCCUCACAGGCCAAUCCCUCCACUCCCGGUCAGGCCUCUCCUUCCAUGCAGCUGGCUAACCUCAUGAUUGGAGGCCUGAUCCAGCCGCAGACGCUUGUUAAAUCCCCACACCCGCCUACAGCCCCCUCCCCAGCUCCUGCCCCUGGCCCUGCCCUUACACCUGCCCCUACACCUGCCUCUGCUCCCAUACCUUCCCCUGUCCUCAUAACUGCACCUACCCCAACCUCUGUAGCUGGCCCUGCUCCUGUUUCUGCCCCCAGCUUCAUACCUGCCUCUGCCCCCAUAACAAUCCCCACCGCUAUUUCUGCUUCUGCCCCUAUAACAAUCCCAACCCCUAUAACUGGACCUACCCCCAUAACAAUCCCUACCCCUAUAACUGGGCCUACCCCCAAAACGAUCCCUACCCCUAUAACUGGCCCUACCCCUGUCACUGCUCCUACCCCCAUAAAAAUCCCUACCUCUAUAACUGGCCCUACUCCCUUAACAAUCCCUACCCCCAAAGCUACUCCUGCCCCCAAAACAAUCCCUACCCCUAUAACUAGCCUUACCCCUGUUACUGCUCCUGCCCCCAUAACAAUCCCUGCCCCCAAUGUUGGUCCUGCCCCCAUAACAAUCCCUACCACCAAUACUGCUCCUGCCCCCAUUACUGCUUCCUUCCUCCUACCUGCCCUCACCCCCCUCCCUGCUACGUUCCCGCCCCCUGCCCCGGGACCCCUGAGUAUCUUGGGCAUGUUCGCCAACCGCAGCCAAGAGCUGGCGCUGCAGAAGCGCCUGGAGAAGAGCUGGCGAUCCAAGGGGGUCUUCCUCUGCCGCCAGUGCGGAGCCGUCUCCCGGCAACCGUCGCUGGGCGUGCGGCACCGCUACCUGCACCGCGGCUCCCGCCGGCACCGCUGCCACUGCGGCCGGGCCUUCCUGCGCCGGCUGCACCUGCUCCGCCACCACGUGCAGCACGCCGAGGCCACCCGCUUCGUGUGCGCCCCCUGCGGGCGGACCUUCUCCGGCGCCCGCUGCCUGGCCCGGCACAAGCGCGACCAGGAGAGGAAGAGGAAGAGGAAGAAGCGGGCGAGGCCCAGGAGGGACUGUCACGCCCCCUUCUCCUGUGACUGCGGCCAGAUCUUUCAGAGGCCCGCUGCCUUCCUUUGGCACAAACUAAAAAACCCCAAACAGCGGGGAGUAGGCUUAAAACAAACACAGCGCGGUUGCCCCAGGGGUAACGCUGCCAGUCAGAUAAAGACCUCUCCUUUAUAGCGGGAAAUGCGUGUUUGUGUGCAGACCUGAACUACCAUUUAACGUUAUUUUUCUUUUUGGAAAUAAUAGAAAAGUAAAUUAUGUUGGAUAUUGCCCAGGGGAAAAAACAUGAACCUUACUUUACUGUACAUCAAAAUAUUGAUGUGCCAAAAGUUAAAAUAACUAGUGAAUGAAUACAAAAGGUUUAACGUGAUGCGGUUUGAAUGGACGGUUCGAUCUGGUUGUUUAUUUUUAUCUUGAUACUGUUCCACACCAUGGAAUCGAUGGUUCUUUUUUACGGACAUUUCUGAAUAAAAGUGAAAUUUAGUUUGGGAAAA